AUGUCUUGCACUAGUUUCGCCAGGUUCCUGGUGUAUCUGGUCGCAAUCAUCACCCUGGUAACCCCCGCUGUCGCCAGUUUCGACGUCUAUCGCAUCGAUGUCCUCCACCAUGCACCAAUGAAGCGUCACGCUCGUGACCUCGAGGUCAACACCACGAUAGCGGGAAAUACGGAGACUACCCACUGGAGUGUCGUGCCCCAUAUCUGGGGCUGCCAGGAUUUCGGGCGUGCACAACACAUCUCCGAUAGCAAAGAUGUCAGCGGCAACAAGCUCGGCAUACGCUGCCGUGGCGACGGAUGCAUCCACGAUCACAGCACGGACAAUAUCGAGCUGGUCGAGAUGCACUGGACGAACAAGCCGCUGUUCCACUGGACCAUCUACCACGACUGGCUAGAUGAGGCUGGCAAUUGGCAGCUGCGGGGAACGGAUGGAAACGCAUACGGCGCGUGCAAACCGAUUGGUACACCCGGCGUGUGGGACUAUUGCUCCUUCUCCCAUCCCCCGGAGCUAGGUGCGACUGAGACGUACGUCGUCCACAAGAAGUUCCAGUGCUUCACGGGGUUUACACCGGAGGAUAUCAACGCUGGGAGUUGA